GCCACCCAUCUCCUGGACAUAUUAUUGAUAUUUAAUUCACUAAUAUUGUCCUCUACCAGUUAACUAACUAGCCAAUUUCAUUCACUAGACUUUUCAACUGUUACUACCGAACUCCUCAUCACUAAACAUUACCAAUUGCCCCGCUAGCUCAUCCCCCACCCCCACCAAUAGCAAGCACAAUGGCACAAAAGAGAACAGUACUCUUAAGAUUGUCCAACACAGGAGAACCAGUCAAUAGUGAAGGAAUUAAUAAUGGUGUACUAAUUCUACCAUCUAUAGCACUCCCUACUGACUAUAAGUUAGGAGACCCACUAUUCCAAUUAGUAUUUCAAUUGAAUGCCGCAUCUCCCAUCACCAGAAAGGGACGCUUAUUCACUAAUAUACCUUUAGAUUAUGAUAAACCAUUUGAUCGUCAUCAACAUAAUUCAUAUGAUAUUCAAAGUUCAUUCCAUCAAGAUGUUACUAUAAAAGUAUCAGUAUUUAAACCCGGAUCUUAUAAUUAUUAUAUUGAAUAUGAAGAUUCUCAAUCUAAUCAAGUAACUACUGAAAAGUUUUAUUUAACUGUUCCUCCAAAUUUAAAAAUUGGUAAUGAAUAUCUUCCAUUUAAUGCCAUUAAUAUUGAAUCAGUAGUAUCUAAAUGGAUUGGUCCAUUAUCCAAUUGGGAUAAGUUUUUCUCUAAAGUUGCUUCUAAAGGAUAUAAUCUUAUUCAUUUUACUCCCUUACAAUCAAGAGGAGAAUCUAAUUCUCCAUAUUCAAUUUAUGAUCAAUUGAAAUUUGAUCCGGAAAUCUUUGAAACUAAUGAAGAAGCCACCAAAUUAAUUAGUACUGUUCUUGAAAAAUAUGGACUUUUAUCAAUUACUGAUGUGGUAUGGAAUCAUACAGCCAAUAAUUCCGAUUGGAUUAAACAAGUUCCUAAUUCAGGUUAUAACGCAGAAACGGCUCCGCAUUUAAUUUCCGCCAUUGAAUUAGAUUCAAAAUUAUUAGACUUUUCUUCAAAAUUACAAGAAUAUAAUUUACCAACGGAUAUAAAGAAUGAUUCGGAUUUAAAAAUCAUUGUUAAUGGAUUAUCAAAAUAUGUUCUUGAUGAAUUAAAUUUAUGGGAAUAUUAUGUAUUCAAUAAAUUGGAAAUUUUAGCCAAUUUGAGAAAACAUUAUUAUGAUCGAACUAAUAAUAUUUGUCCAGUAGAUAUUCCUCAUGAUGUAAAUCUUGAUAAUAUUGUAGAUUUAUCGAAAUUUGCCUUGAAAUAUUCUAAUAAACAUUCAGAAAUUGUGUUUACAAAUAGAUGGGCUAAUCAAUUAGAUUCUUUAAAAUUAUUAGGAAUCUUAUUUACCAUAUUUAAAUCAAAAGAUAUUGAAUAUUCCAUUAUAUCUAGAAAAGCUGAACAAAUUAUUGAUGCUAUUAAUGCUCCAUUAUAUGCAGCUUAUGAUGAUGAUAUUCAUACCAUUAAAGUGCAACUUGAAAAUCGAAUUAAAUACUUAAGAUUAGAAGAAAAUGGACCUAAAUUAGGUACAGUUACUAAAACUAACCCUUUAACAGAACUGUAUUUUACUCGAUUUAUUGAUGAAAAUGGUAAACAAUGGGCAUUAGCCAAUAAUGGAUGGAUUUGGGGAGGUAAUCCCUUGGUAGAUUUUGCAUCUCUGCAAUCUAAGGCUUAUUUAAGAAGAGAAGUCAUAGUCUGGAGUGAUUGUAUAAAAUUAAGAUAUGGUGAAGGACCGCAAGAUUCUCCAGAAUUAUGGCAAAGAAUGAAAGAAUAUACUCAAAUUUGUGCUUCAUUAUUUAAUGGAUUUAGAAUUGAUAAUUGUCAUUCAACUCCUUUACAUGUAGGAGAAUAUCUUUUAGAUGAAGCUAGAAAAGUUAAUCCUAAUCUUUAUGUAGUGGCAGAAUUAUUUACUGGAUCAGAAGAAAUGGAUAAAAUCUUUGUUGAAAGAUUAGCCAUUAAUUCUCUUAUUAGAGAAGCCAUGCAGGCCUGGAAUGUUCAAGAAUUAUCUCGAUUAGUUCAUAAACAUGGAGGUAGACCAAUUGGUUCAUUAACUUGGUUACCAUUAGAUGAUUUUUCAUUUCCAGCUGAUAAAGAACCUAUUAAGGAUAAAUAUUUAGAUUCAUAUACUGAAUUAGAAAUUCCUAAAGUAUUAACAAGACAAGCACCUCAUGCAUUAUUUAUGGAUUGUACUCAUGAUAAUGAAACUCCAACUCAAAAGAGAACUCCGGAAGAUACUUUACCUAAUGCUGCCUUAGUAGCCUUUUGUUCUUCUGCCAUUGGUUCAGUAUAUGGUUAUGAUGAAAUAUAUCCUCAUUUAUUAAAUCUUGUCACUGAACAUCGACAAUAUAAUGUUGAUUCUAAUAAUGGAAUUGGUAUAGUAAAGGCCAAAUUACAUGAAAUCAGAAAAGAAUUGGCAUCGGAAAGUUCAGAUGUAUUAAGAGAUCAUGAAAUGUAUAUUCAUCAUGAAGAUCAAUACAUUACCAUUCAAAGACAUAAUGCUAAGACUGGGAAAGGAUGGUUUUUAAUUGCGAGAUCGAAAUUUAAUAAUCAUCAAUCUCCGCAAAUCUUAUCUCCAGUAAUCUUAAGUGGAACUAUAGUUAAACACGAAUUUAGUUAUACCCUUAAGAAAACAGGAGAUUAUGAAAGGGAUGAGGAAUUCUUGACAGGAGUUCCUACCAAAUUAGAAGAAUUACCAUCACCUUCAAUUGAAUUUAAUGGUAAAGAAUCGAUUAUUAAAGUUGAUGAAAGUUUUAUUCCGGGCUCAAUAGCUGUAUUUUCUACUGAAAUUCCCGGAGUAGAUGAGGAUUUAGAUCAUUAUGUAAAAGAAGGAGCCAUUGAAGCUUCAUUGGGUUUAGAUUUAUAUGAUUUAAAUGCCAUUCUUUAUAAGAGUUCACCCGAAGAAUUAGAUGCCAGUGCUGGACAAGAAAAUGUUUAUAAUAUUCCUCAAUAUGGAACUUUAGUAUAUGCUGGAUUAGAAGGAUGGAAUACUGCGUUAAAGCAUGUGAUUUGGCAGAAUAAUUUAGGUCAUGCUAUUUGUAAUCAUAUUCGAGAUGGUGAAUGGGCGUUGGAUUAUAUAGUUAAUCGAUUGGAUAAGUAUGCUAAAUCCUCUGGCAAUUUGGCCAAGUUUCAGGAAUGGCUUAGAAGUCGAAUUCAAGCCAUUAAGAAAGCUCCUUAUUUCUUAAGACCUCACUAUUUUGCUCUUGUGGUGGGGAUUGCUUAUGAAGGCGCUAGAUUUAGAGUGUUAAGAUUAUUCAGUCCUGAGAUUCAAAAGGCUACUAACUUUGUCCAAAGUUUGGCAUUAACCUCUGUUCAAAUGGUAGGGAAAAUGAAUAAUACUUCAUUAUUACCUUUAGAACAAGUUCCAAGUAUAGCAGCUGGAUUACCACAUUUCAGUAAUGAUUAUAUGAGAUGUUGGGGUAGAGAUGUAUUUAUAUCCUUUAGAGGAUUAUUUAUUGUAACCGGAAGAUUUGAUGAUGCAAAGAAUCAUAUUUUGGGAUUUGCGAAGACUUUAAAACAUGGAUUAAUUCCUAAUUUAUUAGAUGCGGGAAGAAAUCCUCGGUAUAAUGCUCGAGAUGCCGCUUGGUUCUUUUUACAAGCCAUUCAAGAAUAUAUAACUUAUGUACCCAAUGGUAUAAAGAUUCUUGAUGAAGAAGUAUCUAGAAGAUUUCCCUUAGAUGAUACUUGGAUUCCAUAUACUGACGAAAGAGCCUUUAGUUAUAAGACUUCCAUUAGAGAUAUCAUUUAUGAAAUCUUACUGCGUCAUGCCAAGGGGAUUAAAUAUCGUGAAGCAAAUGCUGGACCUAAUUUAGAUUCCCAAAUGAAAGAUGAAGGGUUUAAUGUAGAGGUGGGGAUUGACUGGAAUACUGGGUUAGUUCGCGGUGGAUCUCAAUUUAAUUGUGGGACUUGGAUGGAUAAGAUGGGUGAAAGUGCCAGAGCUGGAUCUAAGGGGAUUCCCGGAACUCCAAGAGAUGGAGCUGCGGUUGAAUUACAGGGACUCUUAAAGAGUGCCUUAAGAUUUGUUAAUAAAUUACAUGAACAAAACCUAUUCCCCUAUACCGAGGUUGAAAAACCCGAUGGAUCUAAGAUUACUUUGAAAGCUUGGGAACAAUUGCUUCAAGACAAUUUUGAAAAGCAUUUCUUUAUUCCUACUGAUCCAAAUGAUGAUCACAAGUAUGUUAUUGAUAGUUCUUUGGUUAAUCGUAGAGGAGUUUAUAAAGAUUUAUAUGGAUCCGGUAAACCGUUUGAAGAUUAUCAAUUAAGACCAAAUUUCCCGAUUGCCAUGAUAGUUGCACCUGAAUUAUUCACUCCGGCCAAUGCCUUGAGUUGUUUAAGAAUUGCUGAUAAGGCUAUUAGAGGACCAGUUGGAAUGGCUACAUUAGAUCCAAGUGAUUGGAAUUAUCGACCAUAUUAUAAUAAUAGUGAAGAUAGUGAUGAUUUUGCUACUUCAAAAGGUAGAAAUUAUCAUCAAGGACCAGAAUGGGUAUGGGUAUUUGGAUAUUUUAUUAGAUCAUUUUUAUUAUUCCAUUAUUUACAUGCUACUGAUUGUAAAACUAAUGAAGGAGAUCCAUCUAUUCAGAUAUUAACGGAAAUUAAUGAGAGAAUUCAAGGUCAUAUUAAAUGGAUAAAGGACAGUCCAUGGGCAGGAUUAACUGAGUUAACUAACAAAAAUGGGGAAAUUUGUUAUGACUCAAGCCCUACACAAGCUUGGAGUAGUUCCUGUUUACUUGAUUUGUAUUAUGAUUUAUGGAAUGAAGAGCAUUAUCAACAUUAGCUAGAUUAAAAGUUAGACAUAUAUUAGUUAGAUUAAUAUUAAUACACUACUUAUACUUAUACUUAUACUUAUACUUAUACUUAUACU